CCUUCUGCAGGCCAUUUCCACCGAGGAAAAGGAAUCAUAUCGUAUGUCCGCUAUCCAGAACCUCCACUCUUUCAACCCCUUUGCUGAUGCAAGUAAGGGUGAUGAUCUGCUUCCUGCUGGCACUGAGGAUUAUAUCCACAUAAGAAUUCAACAGAGAAACGGCAGGAAGACCCUUACUACUGUCCAAGGGAUCCCUGAUGAUUACGAUAAAAAGAAACUAGUGAAGGCGUUUAAGAAGAAAUUUGCCUGCAAUGGUUUUGUACUUGAGCAUCCAGAAUAUGGAGAAGUAAUUCAGCUACAGGGUGACCAACACUAG